AUGAUCCGCCGAGCUACUUUGGCAGGCCUGCGGCUUAGGGCCCAUGGUCAAAUGGUUUUCCAGAGCACGUCGAGUCCUGUGGCAAAGUGCCCCUUUUCUGGCGUUUUGGGUGAACAGCAAUUGAAGUCGGUGUCUGUAAAAACAGAGACGACCUCUUGCCCGGUUCUUGGCGUUACUCCAGAAUUGCGAUGCCCAAUUGAAACUGAACAAUGCGUGAAAGUUGUACCGGUAAAGCAUUUGGUGGGUCAAUUAGGAAAACUUAGACUUUCCACGUUUGUGACUGCUACUGCAGUGGCGGGCUACGUGAUUUGUGGUGGUGCGAACCCUUUAGUAGCAUCUGCGGUAACCGUUGGAACUCUUUUACAGUGUUGCUCCGCGAACACGGCAAAUCAAGUUAUUGAGAAGGAACAUGAUAAGAAAAUGAAAAGAACAUGUCGUCGUCCUCUUCCAAUGGGUUACAUUACACCGAUACGUGCCUCCGCAUUAUCUGGUGUUGAACUCUUGCUGGGAUCUGGUAUUUUAUAUCUUGUAAGUCCUUCAGCAUCUGCAUUGGGAAUAGCCAACUGGUUUCUGUAUGUGGCUGUGUAUACACCUCUUAAACGUGUUUCUGCUGUAAAUACAUGGAUAGGAUCUAUUGUUGGCGGCAUACCCCCUCUUAUGGGUGGUAUUGUGGCGACAGGCAGUGUUACGGCUCCUGCGUGGCUUUUGGGAGCUCUCCUAGUCGCUUGGCAAAUUCCACAUUUUAUGGGAUUAAGCUUUCAUUGUCGUCGGGAUUAUGAAAGUGCUGGAUACAAGAUGUUGGCAUUUUAUAAUCCAUGGCGUGCAUCUUUUUAUGCGGUUCUGCUUUCUGUCUUUAUGGGGAUUAUUACACUUUUUGGUCCUGUUUAUAUCGGAAUGCCCGUUGAGGGGUGGUAUUAUCCUGCAGUCGCGGUUGCCAACGCUCUUAUGAUAUACAAGGCUUGGCUUUUUCAUUGUGAUCCAAAGGCUCAUUGUCGGGGAUGUUUCGUCUUUUCCUACAUUUAUCUCACAAUUGUUCUUGCGGCGUUAGUGUUAAAUCAUUUUGAACCGGUAAACCAAUGUGUUACUGCAUGUCAGUAUGUCAGCUUUCUUUUGAACACUGAGGACACGGAAACACUAAAAGUAGGUUAG